AUUGAUUUUACCUCACGGCAGUUGUUCUGGAAUUCACCUAGGACAGUCCACGAUUCACUGUCUGCUACGUGCAGCUCAUGAAUGGUCAAGAUAGCUCACACACCUUGGCAGCCAUCUGUACUUUACCUGCUCAAGUAGACCAGAAGCUAUCAGAUACAUCGUCAUCGCCGCCAGUCAUCAUUGCGACUCCCUCGGUGGCCUCUGAGCCCGACGGAAUCUCACUGCACGAGGGCAAAAUGGACGCUUCACAGGAGAGCGCUGCCGCAGCUCAAACGGCCGACAAACAACAGGCAGACGAUGGAAAGCAAGUUUCGCUUGCUCAGCAAACCAAGCAAGAGAACAAGAUUGACACGAGUGCUAGGAAGAAGGUGCAUGCAAAAAGCAAACAUGCGUCACACAAGACCAGGCGCAGAGGGCAUGGCAGUCACGUGUCUGAAACCAGUAGCUCCGACAGUGACGGCGACUCAGACCAUGACAGCAGCGAAGAUGACAAGGCCAAGCAAAAGAAGAAGAAGAAGAAGAAACGGGCGUCGGCCACUGUACAGGCACCGGCCCAGAAGCAGAGUAAGAGUAAGAAGCAGAAGCAGAAGACGCGGGUAAAAGACAGGAAGAAGAGCAAAAAGUACGAGUCAACGACUGAAGAUGAGACGGCGUCUGACUCUUCGGGAUCUGAGUCUGACUCGGAGGUUGCCGACAAGACACGCCGCAAGGGUGUGCUAGCAAAGGGCAAGAAAAAGAAGAGCAAGAAGAUUGACGACGCGAGUUCCGACAGCAGUGAGGAUUCGUCGUCGUCGAGCUCUAGCAGCGAGGAGAUGAGCAGCGAGGAUGAAAAGGCCAAGAAGAAGGCGGCGAGGGCAAAGACAAAGGCGAAGCGGAAGAAUAAGAAGGCGAAAAAGGCCGAGGCUUCAGCGUCGUCGUCAGAGUCAUCGUCGAGCGAGAAAGAAGACGCGACCGUGCCGUCUUCGCCCCCGGAAGUCGCCGUCACCGAGGACACUCUCGAAGCACAACUAGCUACCGUCAGCAGUCUCCUGCAAAGCCUCAAGGCGAAGAAGCAGUCUGCCGCUGAAGCCGCAGCCGCAGCCGCAGCCACCAAUACCAGCUCGUCGGCGAAAGCCGAAAAGGCGUCCAAGAAGAAGACGCUGGAGUUUAAGCGCGUAGACCAAGUCUUCGACCUGAACAUCCACGACUGGAAGCUCGUCGAGAGCAACAAGGAUAAGAAGGACAACUUUGACUGCGUCUUCACGGUGCGGCGGCGCCUCAACUGGGAGGGCAAGUACGUGGAAACGCGGCUGGACAUCAAGUCCAAGCUGCUGCGGGGCGCGCUGCAAGAAGUGCUCCGCGAGUGCAAGAGCAUCAGCUUGGUCGAAGACGUCCCGCAGCUGGAUCCCCACACGCUGUUCCACUACUACGACGAGCUCAAGGCCCACGUCGACAAGACGCUGAAGUCACGGCUGCACAAGGUCAAGCGCGGAAAAGAGCAAAAGCGGCUGAAGCUGCAGAUUGCCCAGUGCAAGCUGCUGCUCGGCUACAUUGACGAAGACUACACUGCGACGCGCAAGGCACUCAAGCCCAUGCUCAAAGCAGGCACCAUCACAUACGACCUGGUGUGGGCGCUGUUCAAGCCCAACACGAUUGCCUUUACGCCCACGUACCAGAACAAGGAUGACCCGCGCUGCUUCAAGGUCGACGGCAGCUACGAGUACGAGAGCUGGAUGACGGGCAUCAAGUCGUGGUAUGUCGACGGCAAGUACCUCGAGUACGACGGCAAGACGUUUGGCCUGGGCGACCACCAGGUGGCGAUUCAGGCCUUCAAGGGACAUCGUAAGAUUACGAGCCUGGCGGCGUAUCCGCUUGCGUUUCACAAGGAUCCCGAGGGUAUCCGGAAACAGCUUAUUGAGCGGGGUAAAAAGUUUGUUGCGCUCGAGGGCAUGAAUUACAGGCUCCAAAAGGGAAUUGCGUAUAUGAAGCAUAAGAAUAGUAUUGUGCGGUUCAUCAUUAACGGGCGUGUUAUGGUGGACCCGGCCAUCUUCCGCCGUAUCAAUCCCAAUUACCCGCUGUCGUACCUGAGGGCAGAUGAGCUGGCUCAGGACGAGGAGGACGACGGGGGGUGUGAGGAUGAGGAUGGUGAUGGUGAUGACGAUGAUGCAGAUGACAACAGCGAUGAAGGGUGCGGCUGUGCGUCAGAUGAAGAGGAAAGGGAAAAGGACAAGAUGCGCAUAGUCAUGUGGAAGGACAAGAAGGGCCGGAGACACGCCAUCAAAGUACGACAGAGUGUCAUCGACAAGGAGGUUGGGGUUGGUGGUGACAAUGGCAAUUCACUGAGCGGAGACGAAGACGGCGAGAGGCCACGGCAGGUGUUUACCGAAGAGGAGCUGCUCAUUGCGUCGCCGGUGGUGCUGGGCUUUGCCUUUUCCGACAAGCUGUGGCUGGAGUUUUCGCUGUCGGGCAUCGAGGACAUCAAGUGGAACGACGAGGCCUUCUCCAGCCUCGUGCUGCCGGCCGAGGUGAAGCAGAACCUCAAGGGUCUCGUGUCGUCGCACCGGUUCCACGCAGCCAAGACGAUUGAUGAUGUGAUCCAGGGCAAGGGCAAGGGCCUGAACGUCGUGCUGCACGGUCCGCCGGGCGUGGGCAAGACACUGACGGGCGAGUCCAUUGCAGAGUAUCUGCAGUGCCCGCUCUACGCCGUGUCGGCGGGGGAGCUGGGGACCAACAGCCGCACGCUGGAAACAGACCUCAACCGCAUCAUGGACAUUACGCACUCGUGGGGCGCCAUUCUGCUGCUCGACGAGGCCGACGUGUUCCUCGAGGCGCGGCAGCCACACGACAUCCAGCGAAACUCGCUCGUGUCGGUGUUCCUGCGGCUGACCGAGUACUACCAGGGCAUCCUGUUCCUGACGACCAACCGCGUCGAGACGUUCGACGAGGCGUUCCAGUCGCGCAUCCACAUGGGCAUCCGGUACGAGCACCUUCCGGCCAAGGCGCGGAGGAAGAUCUGGCAGCAGCAUGUGGGCAAGGUAGAAAAGAUGCGGCGCCAAGCCGAGGCCGGCGGUGAUGGUCACGAGAUGAAGCCCUUCACCGACGCCGACUUUGACGAGCUCAGCAAGCGGAACAUGAACGGGCGCCAGAUCAAGAACACGGUCAAGACUUCGCAGGCCAUUGCACUGGCGGAAAAGGCCGUCUUCAGCAUGGAGCAUGUCAGGCGGGUGCUCGAGGUCGCGGAGGCGUUUGAGGAUGACAUGAAGGGCGGCAAGGGUUAUCGUGAUGCCAUGAGACAGUAUACUUAG